GGUUGCUAUAUCUCCCCAGCCUACUUACGCGAGUGAGAUCUUACAUUACUUGUCUUAUUGUCUCCGGCAGAGUUGGUUGUGCGAUUUUUGGUGCUUUAUUUGUUCACAAAGUUCGGUUUUAAAAAUGGCCAGCGGUAAGGUUCUGAUCUACGGAGGACGAGGUGCCCUCGGAGCGUCAUGCGUCCAGUAUUUCAAGAACAAUAACUAUUGGGUAGGUUGUAUCGACCUUGCCGAAAACGAGUCUGCCGAUGUGAACAUUGUCGUCGACCGGGAUGCCGACUGGGUUUCCCAAGAGCAAAGUGUGCUGUCGCAGGUUGAAUCAUCUCUGAAGGGAGACAAACUGGAUGCUGUGAUCUGCGUUGCCGGCGGAUGGGCUGGUGGUAAUGCCACGAAGGAUCUGGCCAAGAAUUCCGAUCUGAUGUGGAAGCAAUCGGUUUGGUCUUCGACCAUUUCGGCCACCGUCGGGGCUAAUCACCUCAAGACAGGGGGAUUGUUGGCUUUGACUGGAGCCAACCCUGCUCUGGCCGGAACGCCCGGUAUGAUUGGCUAUGGCAUGGCGAAGGCCGCCGUCCACCAAUUAACCAAGAGCUUAUCUGGCAAGGAUUCUGGAUUGCCGGAACAAGCACUUGUCGUUUCCAUCCUGCCCGUCACUUUGGACACUCCCAUGAAUCGUAAAUGGAUGCCCAAUGCCGACUUCGGAACAUGGACACCAUUGGAGUUUGUUGCCGAGCUCUUCCACAAGUGGACCAAAAACGAAGAACGCCCCGCCAGUGGCAGUCUCGUGAAGUUGAUCACCAAGGAUUCCAAAACUGAGCUGGUAAUGGCCGAAUAAGACAUCCGAAAUAACUCUAAAUAAUCUCUCUCAAACAUUCCACGUACUUUAUACAAUGAUGCUCUCUUCCUAUUCUACGAACGAACAUUCUCAAAAUGAUCAACCAUUUAGCGAUAGGAGUAAAAAAAUGGUGUUUGACACAUCGAAUAGUAGUGCGGCAAUUUGUUGCUUAUCAAUGUUGAAACAAAAUAUACAUGUUCCAGUGAUGUUGACCGAAAUAUACAAUAACGAAUGUUAGCACA